AUGUGUGCAUAUUUGGAUACGUCACACCCUCUUGCUGUAGUAGACAAAGAACAAACUAGCUCCUUGCCAUAAAUCUCAUGCCUACAGGAUGCUUCGGGAGAACAGAUCAAUUGUGCCUUAGUGCCUUACAGACGGAAGAAAAUCCCCUCCCAACACCACUGAGAUGAACUAAAACUGUGUUGCCUUUUUUUUUUGGUAUCUGGAUUUAGCAAACUACAAUGAAGAUUCUGGUUUUCACUGGACUGCUCUCUCUAACAUCAACUUUUACGACAGCUUUAGAGUCUUCACUGAAUGAUUCUGCAGUUAAAACUGUGUCUCUUAUCAAGACUUUCCGUGGAAUUUUACCAAGAGACUAUGAUUACAUCCCACCUCAUGCUAUAGAAGGGGAGACAAAGACAAUCCAUAUCAAGGAAAACAAAAGUUCUGUGAAGAAAUAUAAUGACUCCACUUUAACAGAAGUGAACAACACCACAUUGGAAUACCUGACUAGUUCUCUGAGCACCAAGUUAAUACCCACUGUCUACCUCAGUGCUGUUUUAUUGGGUGUACCAUCUAAUGCCAUCAUUUUGUGGAUGCUGCUCUUCAGAAUCAGGUCUGUGUGCACUGCCAUCCUCUACACAAACUUGGCUGUUUCAGAUUUGCUCUUCUGCAUCAUGCUGCCAUUCAAAAUAGCAUACCAUAUCAACAAGAACAACUGGAUUUUUGGAGAAAUUAUGUGUCGAACUACAACUGUGGUAUUUUAUGGCAAUAUGUACUGCUCCAUUCUGCUGCUCACGUGCAUUAGCGUCAGUCGCUAUGUGGCCAUCGUUCACCCUUUCACCUACAAGAGCCUGCCAAAACGCACCUAUGCCAUUGCCGUCUGUGCCACUGUGUGGACCAUCGUCUUUUUGUACAUGCUCCCACUCUGCAUAAUGCAGCAAACCUAUUACGUGAAACAACUGGGCAUUUACACCUGCCAUGAUGUGCACAGUGCCUGCAAAACUGUAUCUUCCUUCCAGUUCUACUACUAUGUUUCUUUAGCUAUCUUUGGAUUCUUAAUGCCUCUUGCAAUCAUCAUUUUCUGCUAUGUUUCGAUUAUUCGAACGCUCAAGACUCACGAGUGGUUCUGGUAUGUGAAAGUCAGUCUUUUGAUUCUUACCAUCUUUGCUAUUUGCUUUGUACCAAGCAAUAUUAUUCUUAUUAUCCAUCAUAUCAACUAUUACUACUACAACACAGAUAAUUUGUAUUCUUUUUAUCUGAUAGCUUUAUGCCUUAGCAGCUUAAACAGCUGUCUUGAUCCUUUCCUUUAUUUUCUAAUGUCAAAAAUACGAAGUCAAUCCAAUAUAUACCUAACAAUGGUUAAAAUAACCAGGGAAAUGUGAAUUUUAUUCUAUAUUUAUAUUAUUGGAAUUAUGAUUUUGUAUAGUACUAACCCAGGUAGCAAUAAACCUCAGAUUUGACAAUUAAAUCUAAAAAAAAAAAAAAAAAAAAAAAAAUAAAAUGCUAAGGUUGUUAAAUCAUGACCUCAGUGAAAUCUACUUCUUCCAAACCCCACACAAGAGGCAUCAUCAAACAUACUUCUCUAUUUUGUUCUGUGUGCUACAAAGUCAGGUGAACCUACCUAGAUUGAGGGAAGCAGCUGAGAACUUCCUUCUGAGAAGAUCAAACAUAUGGUUACACUAUAAUAUCAGUGACCACAGAACAAGAGAGGAAUCCAUCCAGAACUUUUAAGGCCCAUUCUUGACUUGGAAACACUUUAUAUGUUCUUUGUGCCCACAAUCACUGCAGGACUAACGUGAAUGUGAGGUUUUGAUACAUUGGGAAUAGGAACAAGUGAAAGCACUAGCUAUUCAUGAGCUACAACGCAUUAUGGCACACAACUACGAGCAGAUUCUGCCCUAGGUAUUAGAAAUAAAGAGUUGCAGUCCCAUUAGUUUGGAAGUGCAGCAAAAUCUACAGCCUUAAAAACAGAACUUGACAUGCUUCCAAGAAAGUAUCUCUUCUGAGGCUGCUUAACCAGCUUUGCUCUGGAGACUUGUUCUUCCACUAUGUCAGCACCCGUGCUCCUACAACCCUCAAGGACUGCUGAAAGCUAAACCUUAUCACUGUGAAUCCAGGCAUGCUUUAUUCUUGCUUGGUAAGCAAAAAAGGAAAACUAUUUUGACGUAUCCUCUAUAUUUCCACAUCCUCACAGGAAAUGAUUAGUGUAACAAGAACUGAAGCAAGUUUUGAUUAAUUGCCCUUGCUAGUAAAGUAAAUGGUUAUCUUUACAUUUAUGGAAGCUCAAGAUCUACAAAUGCAGAAUAUAAAAUCCUACAAAAUAAGCUCAGUGAUUGGUUGACACCUGUAACUAACUGUGUAAAGCAAAUAAAAAGUACUUGAUGAUAGUGUUGUCAGAAACUUAAAAACGAAGUCAUUUGCAGUGGAAAAUGGGAAGUGCCUUCAAGAAAUCUGGUAAGGCUCUACCUGUUCAUUUUCUCCUGAUUCCUAAUUUAUUUUAAAUAGUGAAAUGCCUUCCACAAGCACAUCAUUUAACUAUAACUGUUAAGUAAUCCAGAUAUAACCACUUAUUGCAAACAACAAAAAUGCCAGCUUUAUUGUAAAGCCCAUGUGUCUGUCACACAAAAUUACACAACACAGGAAGCAUAUCAAAGUAUGGCACAUAGCUGUUUAACAUUUCAGGUAUUCAGAAGACACUUCCUAAACACAGGGUUUCUCUUCAAUGAGACUUGAACACACUUGGUUUGAAAUGGUUGUGAGAACUGUUAGAAGCAACUGUAUAAAGUUACAGGAAUAAAUGAACUGCAUAUUUGUACUUGCAAGCAAUGAGGAAGCAAUGAGUAAGUGUCAUCUAGCUUUCAUAGGAACUAGAUUCUACAUAGCUGAGGCCACUUCAGCCAGAGGGACGUCACAACAGCAUGGUUAGAACAAGCCAGCAGUUUCAAUCCAUUUGUUUUCCAGACACUGAGGAAUCCAGGAAGUUCAGAGUCAAACCUAUCUAACUGUUGUAAAUCAAGUACUCUCUUAUGCCACAACUCAUUCUUAAAACAUGUUAAAUACAGCUAAAGAUCAAUCUGCAUUAUAAACAGGGAUCAAAAAAGUAAAAGGUUGAUAAAGACUAGAGUUUAUUGCACAGUCUUUUCAAUUCUGUUUUUAGGAGAAGUUCAAUUUAAAUCAUAUAUUAAGGAAGGUGAUAUCCAUAUUCUUAUUCAGCAGCUAGAGUAAUAACUCAAAUUAAUGCAUUUGAAUAUUUAUUUUGGGAACAUAUACAAUACAGCGUCUUGCUUUCUCCCUAAGCAGAGUUGUUUGGUUUUUUAAUAAAUCAUUACAUAAAAACAGAUGUUUUAAGUAUUUGUCAAAGGACUACAAAUGAAACAGCCAGCACACAGCAAGGGUGGAGACUUUUCAGCAUCCAGUAAUUAGUGAAACCUGACGUUAUGGGAGAACACAAGACUGAGAUUUGCAACACCCAGUCCAAAAGCUCUGCCAGCAGAUGACAGAAGCACACGUUUUUCAUAGCAGGUACUGCAGGUGAGGUGGCAAAAUAGCUGGGAGGUGUUUCUACAAGCCAUUGUGCAGGGACUUUUUCCAGCUGACAUUAAGAAUGCAUCAUGUGAAUUUUAGACAUCUUGAAACUGUGAGAAUAUUAUAUAUGCUGGACUAUGAGCUUUAGCUAAUCUUCCCUUCAGUCAAAUCCUUCAAGCUGUUAGGCUGAUCUGUGUUUACACUUCCCUAAGCUGUGAUGUUAACCAGGGCACUGCUUUUGAGGAAGCCAGUACAAGCAUCCUGCUGAGAUUGGCUGAAGCUGAAGGCAUGUACAAGAUGGGAAGUGUGUUGUUGCAUGACAAGGGCAGAACAGAAACACCACUACUACAGACCCUCAGAUUUCAGCAACUGAGGCUUCUCAGCAGAAGAUCUCCCAGAAGUAGUACUCUCCUCAGCAUGACUGAAUACUUUCUAGCAGAAGCCUCAAUUCCCACCUAUAACUACCUGCCUAAUUAUCACUAGUAACUAGAUCCUUACACAAACACCUAACAGAUACAGAAUGUAUCUUACUGUUAAUUAAUUAAUAAUUAAUCUUCUGUGAUGGUCAGAAUAAGUUGUAGUAGAAAACUAUACAGUGCUUUUUUCUUGUUUCCAGCUUAUAUUAUUCCUACAACUAAUCCAAAGACUGCAGGAACAGGACAAGAGCACAUGCAAAUAAAAAGA